AUGAGUCAGCGAAAUAACAAGUACCAUGUAACCAUUGAAGAUUGUCCUGAUGAGGACGAUUAUCGACAUUUCAAUCAAAAGUCUUCAGGCGCUGAUGACAUUGACAUUAGCCAUAUAACCAGCAAUCAACAAGAAAAUGACAGCAUAAUGGCCAUUGAAUCCUCAUCAAGAGGGAGCAAAAGACAGGCCUGGGAUGAAGUAGACGCCUUGGAGGAACAAGCCAGAAAUGAAAAGAUGCAGAAUCAACCCACUGCCAUGGCCAAUGCCAAGCAAACUGCCCGCAUUGUCGAGGAGGCCACUCAACAAUCUUCUGAAUUCUAA